GCCUGGCGUGACACACAGCAAGCCACUUAAGCCGGCCCGACGCGCUUCCCCGGGGGAGUUUUUUGCGCUUGGAAGGGACCGCGGCGUGGCGCGCACAGCAAACCGGCCCCGGACGAACGGCCAGCCCGCGGGCGCCUCUCGGGGAAGGAAGGAAGGAAGGCCCACCAGCCAGCCGCUCGCUCGCUCGCUCGUUCGAUCCCCUCCAGCCCCGACCAAGCCUCCACCAGCCGGAUAACCAGGCAGCCGCGUGGCCGAACGGCGACUCCUCCCGGGGCGCAGCGCCAUGGAGUCCGGCGGCAAGAUGACGGCUCGGCUGAUGCUAGCAGUCGGAGGAGCAGUUCUGGGAUCCUUGCAGUUCGGUUACAACACUGGAGUCAUCAACGCCCCACAGGAGGUGAUUGAAAGGUUUUACAAUCGGACCUGGCAUGAGCGCUACGGGGAGUACAUCAGCCAUGGCACCCUCACUACUUUGUGGUCCCUCUCAGUGUCCAUAUUCUCCAUUGGAGGGAUGAUUGGAGCUUUCUCUGUGGGGCUGUUUGUCAACCGCUUUGGACGGCGGAACUCUAUGUUGAUGUCCAACAGCCUUGCUUUCCUUUCUGCUGCUCUUAUGGGUUUCUCCAAGAUGGCCAACUCCUUUGAAAUGCUGAUCCUGGGCCGCUUCAUAAUUGGGCUGUAUUCUGGCCUCACCACAGGCUUUGUGCCCAUGUAUGUGGGCGAGGUGUCCCCCACGGCCCUUCGAGGGGCUCUGGGGACCCUUCAUCAGCUUGCCGUCGUCGUGGGUAUCCUCAUAGCCCAGAUCUUCGGGAUGGAUCUAAUCAUGGGGAGUGAGUCGCUGUGGCCGCUUCUGCUGGGCUUCAUCUUCAUCCCUGCCUUGAUGCAAUGCAUCCUGCUGCCCUUUGCCCCAGAGAGCCCCCGCUUCCUCCUCAUCAAUCGCAACGAGGAGAACAAAGCCAAGAGCGUUCUGAAGAAGCUCCGAGGGACGACCGACGUCAGCAGUGACCUCCAAGAGAUGAAGGAGGAAAGUCGGCAAAUGAUGCGGGAGAAGAAAGUGACCAUCCUGGAACUUUUCCGCUCGCCUAUGUACCGCCAGCCCAUCCUUAUUGCCAUUGUCCUACAGCUGUCCCAGCAGCUCUCGGGGAUCAAUGCUGUUUUCUACUAUUCUACAAGAAUCUUCAGAAAAGCUGGGGUACAGGAGCCUGUCUACGCUACCAUAGGCGCUGGAGUUGUAAACACAGCCUUCACAGUUGUUUCACUGUUUGUUGUAGAACGGGCUGGACGAAGGACACUACAUCUCACUGGCCUGGCCGGGAUGGCAGGUUGUGCAGUCCUCAUGACAAUUGCGUUGGCUCUCCUGGAACAAUUGACCUGGAUGUCCUACAUCUGUAUUAUUGCCGUCCUUGGGUUCGUGUCAUUUUUUGAGAUCGGCCCAGGCCCCAUUCCGUGGUUCAUCGUGGCCGAGUUGUUCAGCCAAGGCCCUCGCCCGUCCGCCUUUGCCGUUGCCGGCCUGGCAAACUGGACGUCAAACUUCAUUGUAGGGAUGGGCUUUCAAUACCUUGAGGAACUAUGUGGAGCCUACGUUUUCAUCAUCUUCACGGUGUUGCUCAUCCUCUUCUUCAUCUUCACCUACUUCAAGGUGCCCGAGACAAAGGGCCGAACCUUUGAUGAGAUAGCCUCUGGGUUCCGCCAGGGGGGCGCCGGGCAGGCAGACAACAAGACGCCGGACGAGUUCCACAGUCUGGGAGCCGACUCCCAAGUCUAGGCCACGAAAGACCUUGGAUUCUUCCUUCGCUUCACUCUUCUUUUCCUGUCUGUUCUUGAUGCUUGUAACAGAAGCCAGGUCCAAGAUGAAAGAGGCGUCUGAGCCCUCCGUCUGUGGGGCUGCUGCCCGGUUUCCGGGUGAUGAACUGACACCAUUCGCUAGGAACGGUUAGCUGGUUUCACGUCCAGGAUUUCAAUGCCAACCAAUUCGGAAGCGACAGCUUCCGGUUCAGGCUAUGCCGCCUCUUCUUGGGAGGCGGCUCUUCUCUCCCCUAGCCCUGUUUUAAGGGGAAAAAAUAAAAGCAGGAAAAAGAUUGCACGCCACAUUUGCAGCGCUAGGAGCAAACCGUUAAGCCCGAAAAGCAAAAGAACACUUGUUUUAGAUGAAAUCUCAUAUGCAAAUUUGAUUUUAAAGUGAUUCUUUUUUUAAAAAAAUGGCUACUUUCAAAGUUUCUCAACCUUGGUUGGGGAAAAGGCAGGGGUAGAAGUCAAAUAAAAGGGGAAGGUGGUUAAUUGCUGCGAGAGAGCAAAUGGGUUUCUGUUGGGCGGGACCAGUACCCCCCACAAGGAAUCUGGAUGGCUACCUUCUGAGGACUCUGUGUUAAGCUUCCUUCCUCUGAGACAGUGAGGUUUGAGGCUGCUCUGAGAAAAAUGGUUGCUUUUGUUCCUGCAGUGAUAUUUUUCUUAAAUGAUUUCAACUGGUCUUUAGGUCCGGCAGGGGUGGAAAAGGUCCCUGUUUGUGGAAAAUGUGGCAUUCGCCCUGACAUAUUAUAAACCCCCAUCACCUCCAAAAUCCAAUCUAUGGUAGACUUAUUGCAACCUUGUAAGGUUUUCCAGGCCCAAGACGAACAGAGAUGGUUUGCCAUUGCCUGCCUCUAUGUAGCGGCCCUGGACAUCUUUAGCAAAUUCCCAUUCAAGUACUAACCAAGGCCGACUCUGCAUAGGUUCUGAGAUCUGAUGAGAUCAGGCCAGCCUUGGCCAUCAGGUGGAUCACUGUCUAGGAGUGAGUGGGAUGUGUGAAAUCCUUCAAGUUGGGAGGAUGUGAUGUCACUCUAGGACUUCUGUUUCUCCUAGCCACUAUGGUAUACCAUCAAGUCCACCUUCUGAAGCUGACAUUUCCUCCAGGAGAACUGAUCUCCAGAUCUCUAUAAAAGAGCCCUUCUAGUCUAGUAUGCCAAUAAUAGCUAAUCUGAAAAAAGCCACAAGAGAAGUAAAAAGGCAACACUUCUUCUUUUUAGCAACUGAUAUUGAGACAGGUUGCUUCUGAGCUUGCCUUUCUCAUUUAGCUGUCAUGGGUAGCAACCAUUGACCACCUCUGCAUGAAUUUGUCUUGUCCACUUUUAAAGUCAUCACCACAUCUUGUGGCGGUGAGUUCCAUAAGGUCAUGAUGCACUGUAUGAAAAAUGCCUCCAAGUGGGAAGAAGGAGCCCUAAUAAAUGAUGUGCCCCAAAUCUCACAUAUUAAAGUUUCUGGCUGCCCAAGGGGGCUAUUCCCCCAUACGUAAAGGUCCAAUAAAGACACAGUUCUAUUGUGUCUGUUCAGGGGCCGGGAUAUUCUCUGUAAAUGUCCUUACCUGGCCCGUAAUACCCUGGACUCACUGAACCAAAAGAAACAAAUCAGUGAAAACGGCUGCAUACAUUUCCUGCUUACUGUGUAUAGACUGGAAAAUAUUUAUAUUAUAUAUAUUUUUUUUGUUCCACUGUGUUAAUAGUGCACUAAAUUAUAGUAUGGUUUCUGACAGACAAGCAACUUACUGUAAAUAUUCUUGAAUUAUAUGCAACACUGUAUGAUAAACGGAUGUAGUUUCUAUAUCAACUGUUACAGAAGACUUGUACACUGUUACGGAAGUCUUGUUUUGUAUAGGUAACUUACCUGCACUGUAGCGCCACCUGAUGCACUGAAUUUUUAGAGGUUUUUUUUUCUUAGUAUAACUACCCCGUGCCCUUAAAGGCCCCUGGCUCCCAGAGCAAGCAUGUAUGCUAGAAGCUUCUGGAAUGUUUGAAGGAAGAAAGAAAAGUCACAGCUAUUUAAGAAUCUACUUUUUUAUUUAUUUUGUCUAUUUUGAAAGCGUGUAUGCGACCGCACUCGAAAGACAACAUAUAUUUGAGGAAGAACAACAAAAAAAAGAACUGUUACAACGUGAGGGGGAAACCCCCCUCCCCCGAGCUUUGCUGUGUCUGAGGGGAUGUUAUCCUGAACUCCUUUCUAAAGUGCCAAUGGGGGGAUCGGGGGACGUACAGAGAGGAGAAGAUUGUAUGGAUGGAAUAAAUGACGUGAGCAUUUGAGAGCCUG